AUGUCACUCUUUAUUCGAGAUGAAUCGGAUGAAGAUGACUUGGUUUUGGAGCUGUCAAAACAGGAUCAAGAAAGACCUUUUACAGACGAAAAUGGGAACACAAUUCAACACCAGGAAGACACAUUGUAUCCUCUGAUCUUGAACGACAAUUAUGAUAACAUGAAACCAAAUAUCGAGGAAAUAAGACCCGUGGAUUUGCAAUUAUUACUUCCAUUGCCCUUUCAGCACCGAAUCGUUGAAGAUUUGCUUGUUUCAGAGGACUGUUUGCUAAUUCUAGGUCAGGGACUUGGUCUCGAGCCAAUUGUGGCCAACCUGCUGCACAUUUUGGCCACACCAACGGUCAUUGAUGGCCAAAAUAAACGGUCGUUGGUUCUUGUGCUAAAUGCCAGCGAAGAGGAUAAUGACAAAAUUCAAGAAGAGCUCUUGGAACUGUCAUGGUCAGUAGAAGAUGAAGAAGUGACAGAAAAUGCAGAAACCAAUAAUGAAGGCUUGGACACAGAACAUACGAGACUUAAAAAUGGUCAACGACCGUUCAGCGUCGUCACAGCAGAGACUUUAACGGUGGAAAGAAGACGCCGACUCUAUUUGCGCGGUGGAAUUGUGUCCGUCACCUCUCGUAUUUUGAUUGUUGAUCUGCUGUCUGGUGUAAUACACCCCAAUAACAUAACAGGUCUUGUUAUUCUACAUGUCGAGAACCUUGAUAACUUCUCAAAUGAGUCUUUCAUCACCGAUAUGUACAGGGCGACCAACAAAUGGGGGUUUAUCAAAGCGGUUUCCGAUCAACCAGAAUCUUUCAUGACUGAAUUUUCUCCACUGAAACGGAAACUGAGAGAUUUGCACUUGAAAAGAACUUUACUUUGGCCUCGAUUUCACGUCGACAUUUCCUCCAGCUUGAACUUGAAAAAGGACAACAAAGUUAUAGAGGUAAAGGUGUCCCUUACCAACUCAAUGUCUCAAAUUCAAUUUGGGCUUUUUGAAUGUCUCAAGAAAUGCAUUGAUGAACUGAAUAGAAAGAACUCAAGCUUAGCUUUGGAAUCAUGGAAUGCGGACAACUGCUUAAAUCCAAAUUUCCUCAGAUCAAUUCACGCAGUUUUAUCGCCUAAUUGGCAUCGUAUUUCUUUUGAAUCAAAACAGCUCGUGAAAGAUAUAGGAACUUUGAAAAAACUGCUACAUGCCCUGAUAAGCUAUGAUGCUGUUGACUUUUACGAAAUCAUUCAAAUGAUUUUGGACGCCAAUAAACCUUCGGUUACGAGAAAGUAUUCUGAAUCACCUUGGCUCAUGGCCGAGGAAUCUCAAGCUGUGAUUUCCUAUGCCAAAAAACGCGUCUUUCAGGAAGGUAACUACGAGCUGGAGGAAUUGCCCAAAUGGGAGCAACUUACCGCCAUAUUGGAAGACAUUGACAUUGAACAGGCUAGUACGUCUGCACCUACUGGGCCAACUUUGAUUAUUUGCUCUGAAGAUCGGACUUGUCGCCAGCUGAGAAAAAUCAUAAGUUAUUCUGAUCGAAAGGAGGGCUCGCGAAAAUAUUUACUUAGGAAGCUGCGAGGUUAUAUGGAUCGGCGAGAUGCUUUGAAAAAGACAGCAAAGGACGCUAGCGAGUACUCUCAAAAAGAAGGGGACCCUGGACAGCUGGCUGUGUCAAAGACUUUUGCAAAAGAAGAGGUCAACUCAAAUCGCCGGAGGGCAAGAGGUGCGGCUGCCGUAGCUGCUGUUACACGCAUGAAAACAGCAUCAGCCGGUAGAGGUGAAGAAAUUGACAACAUAAUGACCAUCGGGGAAAUUGAAGAGCAUUUAACCCAGCUGGUUGACGGUACGGACGAUCAGUUGACGGAAAGCAUCGACCUCGAGGAAGCUAUCGAUCUGGAAGAUGGAGACCUUCAGGAACAUUUAUCAAAAGAAGAAUCGGAUGAUGUUUUGUCUUCUCGAUUUCCCGGAAUGGCCCAGAGUGAAAGUGUUUGGGCUAAAGACGACGCAUUUUUUGAGUAUAUUGAAAGGAGUGAGCAGAUUGUUAUCGAAAAGUUCUAUAACAGAACAAAUGAUCUUCUUUUGCAAGAAAUAAUGCCUUCGCACAUUGUGAUGUAUGAGCCCGACUUGUCUUUCAUUCGGAGAGUUGAAAUGUUCAAAGCUUUGCACAAGGACCUGCCUUUGAAAAUCUACUUCAUGUAUUACGGCGACAGUGUUGAGGAACAGAGCCAUUUGGCUGCGAUCAAGAAGGAAAAGGAUGCUUUCACCAAAAUGAUUAGAGAGCAUACAAACUUGGCGGAGCACUUUGAAGUCGACGAAGAUCUUUCGAGAUACAAAAACUUGACUCAGCGGAAACUUCUUUUAACGCAACAGCUUCGAAGCUCGAGGGUAGCAGGCGGGCAAAAAGCCUUCGAGGCUUUAACUAAUGAUGUCGUCAUUGUCGACAUGCGAGAGUUUCGGGCACCACUCCCAGGCUUACUAUACCGCUAUGGUGUACGUGUAAUUCCCUGUAUGUUGACGGUAGGUGAUUACAUUCUAUCGCCACAAAUUUGCGUGGAGCGAAAAUCCGUUCCUGAUUUGAUUGGGAGUUUUAAAAAUGGUCGACUUGACGAACAGUGCAAAAAUAUGUCCAAACAUUACGAGUAUCCUACCCUACUCAUAGAAUUUGACGAUAUUGACUCUUUUUCGCUAGAGCCUUUCAGCGAAAGAAGAUACGGGUCUGUCUCUUCGAACGCUCAUCCAAUUGGAGGUAAAUUGAUGCAAGACGAGAUUGAAAUGCAACUGGCUCAACUUGUGCUGAAAUUUCCUUCCCUGAGAAUACUGUGGUCCUCUUCUCCACUUCAGACGGUGAAUCUCGUCUUGGAUUUGAAGCAAGGUAGAGAACAGCCUGACCCAACAACUGCAGUUAACGUUGGUUUGAAGACCAAAGCAAACAAAGCUGGAAGUAAUGAAGACUCGAGCCGUGGGCUCAAGGAGCUUUUGGGAAUUCCGGGAUUUUCGAACAUCGACUACUAUAACGUCACAAAACGUGUCAAAAGUUUCAAGGCACUUAAAAAGCUCAACAAAGUACAGCUCACUGACUUGGUAAAUGAUGGGGACCUGGCAGAUAGAAUCCUUGACUAUAUAGCAAUGGAGGUCGAGGAAGAUCCUGAAAGCCAAAGGUAG